UCGUGACGUCACAGAUCUACUAACCAUGCACAGAGCCAAAGAAACCUAAGCCAUAGAGGUUAACUCUACAUCAUCCCGCACCAGCAGAGAAGUGCGUAGUAAACGCACUAAAUGCCUCGGGUAUUAUGGCUUUGCAUCGCUCUCCUCGCUAUUCAUCCCACGCAAUCCUCAGCAAGGGAAAUAACCGGAAGCGUAUACACCGCGCGCAAAUGGUACUUCCUCGAGCGAUUUGCGUUCCGUGAUAUCGGGGGCCGCCUGGAAUAUGAGGUGGAGUACCCUGUAGGGACGUGCUGCCCACUGUUAGUGUUUUAUUAUGAUGAUAUAUGGCCCCGUGUGUACCCCGAGGAAGACAUGGCAUGCUCUAACAAGAUGGAGUACGCAAGGCAGGCCUCAGGGACCAAUCUUAUUAACAAGCUCGACACAGAAAGCGGAAGCGUGUGUACAAGCUCGGCCAUCAGCGACAAUGGCACCACCACGCGCCUGCGCUGCACUGGUCAGAUGAUAUUCCGUACCGUGCGCACGCGCUGGUGGUUUCUUGUCUUGAGUCAUUGCGAUGCGGAUGUUCUGGAUAUGGAUUACAAAAUCACGGUCACGAACGGUGAUGAUUGGCAGAGCCACUUAUCCGCCGACGAGACGCACAUGCUGGAAAUCGUGUCUUCAUUCUUUCUUAUCAUGAUUCUCACCCUCAUUGUCGGCCUUGUUUUCGCAAAGACACUCUGGAUAGAACACAUGCUGCAUAGGCCGUACGAAAUCUUCCUGGUCUCACUGGGCUACGAACUCUUUGGCUUGCUUCUUAGCGUUGUUUACUACAUAGAGUAUGUUAGUUAUGGUACUUUGAGGACACCGAUACACACUACUUCUGGGUUGCUUCACGCUGUGAGCGAGAUUAUCUUCGUUUGCCUGCUGAUUCUACUCUCCAAGGGCUACACCAUCACCCGUGCGCGGUUGAGCAGUCGCGGGCAGAUCAAACUCUCAGUAUUUAUCGGGCUUUACUCCGUUACCUUCUCCAUUCUCUUUUUUAUCCAAGCCAAUAUGUUUGACCCAGGGCUCGUAAAAUACCUUUACGAUAGUGCUGCAGGGACUGGAAUAGUAGCGUUACGGAUUGUGGCGUGGUGUUGGUUCAGCCUAUCCGUGCACCAUACCGUAAAGCGUUACCCGGAAAAACGCGUGUUCUACGGCUGGUUCUUUGUGCUCUUCUCCGUAUGGUUUCUCGCCAAGCCCUCGCUCGUCUUGCUGGGGUACUAUCAUAUCGAGGAAUGGGAGCGGACAAAGAUCUUCAGCGGGGUGGACUUCGCUAUUUCCGCCAUCGGGUUCCUCGUGUUUCUUCAUUUGCUCAGACCAAGUAGAACCAAUCACAACUUUCCAUUCCAUAUAAGAACCAAUCAGAUCGAGGAUAUUGCACAGAAUGAAGAUACCAGUUUUCCGCACACGGAGAAAUUCUCCAGGAUGAAGUUAAGAGAAGGGGGGCCUCUUGAAGUUAGCUUGUCUAAGCUAAACGCAAACGACGACAAUGAUGAUGAUGUCAUCCAGACGCACACCUCCAACUGGACCCAGGGAUUCGCCUGAAUGGGUUCUAAUCCAUGGCUGAUAAACUUGUAUUAAUUUACGAUGGAAACAAAAUAAAGCUACGUUAUAUUUAUA